GUAACCAUGGACAACGAAUGCGAUUGCUCUUCCCGCACGAGGGGAGUGAGCAAGGCACCAAUUCCCAUUGGCGACUACGAUACGUCCUCAAGUCCAACGUUAUCAGCAUCAUCAUGCAAAAAGUACACGCACUGCCAAAAAACAGAGGUUAGCCCUUCACCUAAGCAGUCGAAUUCAUCAACUACUUCGGGGGCUUCUUACUUUCGCUGCAAUGAAUCAGAUCAUUACUAUAGUGACUUAGACUUAACUUGUAUUCCACACCUAUCUUCAUAUCAUAGGUCGCUUUAUUUGCAUAAGAAACACACGUUGUGGGCGGAGGCUCUAAACAUUCCUCGGCGAAUCUCAAGUCUAGCCUUCGGAUCAUCAUUGAAUAACAUGGAGAAAGUGUGUUCGACUUCGCGGUAUCUUUCUGCUUCACCUGGGGCUUCGGAUUCAUCAAGAUCCUCGUCUAGACUUGACGACGGUGGCAAGCGUCUUGAAUACGUGCAGAAAGUACUAGAAGAUAUCCGAACAUGGCACAAAGAGGUUUCCGUGUCAAUUUCGAAAUCACGUUCUGCGACUCACCAAAAUUGCCACCAGGACAAUUUUGACAUAGUUCCAACACAAAUUCAUAAACAACAGACCCAUCCUACUAUUAGCGCAUUUAUGGAUCCUCUACAGCAGAAUAUUUCGUGGACUCAAGUCUUCAAUAGGGACCAUCCAACCUCUCGAAGAUACACUUCUAAAUCACUUUGUCCUGAGUCCAAUCAUUCUACUCUCUGGAAAAUUGAUCCCAUUCCCUCCAGUAUCUAUAAAUCGAAGCGGAUGCAAUUUACUGGGACCAAAAGAAGUCCUAGGCCAGUCCCUCGUCCGAGAACAUCGAGUCUUCGUGCCACCAUAACCCCAAGACGGAGGAAUGCCAUCCGAGGGCGGAUUCUUCCAAAGCCAGUUUCUAUUGUCUAUCCAGCCAUGAAACAGCAUACAUAUCAACCACAAGAGACAGGGAUUGACCCUUGUAAUUCAGGCCUUGAUUGUUACUUCGAUUCCUACUGGGAUAAUGAAAGUUCUUUGGCCGGUACUCAAGAUGAUGGUAAAAUCGACGACACCGAUUCUCCUCCGACAGUCUUUGAACAAACGAAGCUCACCCUCAAUACGCGAGACCAGUCAUAUAAAGAUAUAGGCUACCAAGGUCACAAAGACGGAAUUUCUCAUAGCGAUACUGUCGUUAGGCUUUCAGCAAGACAUUCAAGUCUGCAAGCUAGCGAAUCCAUUCUCAAAACGCCUUUUUUACUAGAAAACGAGGAAGAGAGAGCUAGACAGCAUAUUGCACUUGUGCACUCGGCGUUGCGAAAUUUGGUACCAUUUGAAAUCUCAGAUUACCUAUACAGAAUUUCGCAAUCGUCGGAAAUUUGUAAUAGUUCUGAGGAGACUUUUCUAAACAGCUUCUCAGACACGGCACCGCAAUAUAUCAGGUCUAAUUCAACUUUCCAGUCUUCUGAGAGCCGUAGGCAGGAUAGAGAUUCAGAACCUGGCAUUGGUUUCUCAUUCAAGAGAACUUCAAAUGAACAUUCUCCCUUGCAGCCUCCGUAUACAAACGAUAUCCCAAAUGCAUGGGCUCCAGGCACAGCCAUCUGAUGACAGACCUUCGCCACACCCAAGACCUAGUCAAAACUACGCCGCCAUCCUCAUUCAACAAUAUUACAUUCCCUCUUUUCAACAAUUACUAACCCUCA